AUACAAAUUAUGUUGGCACUCUUGACUUGGUCCUCCGUACUUCUGGGGAGUACUCUUGCACAGAGUACUCCUUUUCUCAAUACAUCUAGAAGUGCUUCCAUCUAUGCAGCCGCAAAAGCAGACGGCAUCGAUCUGACGGUCUUGCCUUUCGUGACUGCCGCUCUCGACUCGGUCGAGAAUGCCUAUACGCCAAUUGCAAUACCAUCAUUCAGUAACGCGUCGAGGAUUGAUGUACAUGCUCACAUAGUGCCCAUAUGGUACCACGCACUCGUCCCUACAACAGGCCAAAGUCCGACUCCAAACUGGACCUUGGAAGCACAGUUCAGCAUGAUGCAAACAGUCGGCAUCCGGAAAAGCAUCCUCUCCAUCUCAGCACCUGGCAGUACCGUAUACGUAGCCGAUGAAGCAAGAGCAACCGCUCUGGCAAGGCUGUUGAAUGAAUACCUGGCCGCCCUGUCUCGUACUUACCCUUCUCAUUUUGGCUUCUUCGCCGUCACCCCGUUACCCUAUGUGGAUGCAGCCAUCAGAGAAGCUCGCUAUGCACUCGAUCACCUUGGUGCUGCAGGUAUAGGGCUCCUUUCCAACCACGAAGGCUACUAUCUUGGUAAUCCUCGAUUCCAGCCUUUCUACUCUUUCCUCAACAUUUCCACGAACACCACCGCCAACGAGAUUGUCUUUGUGCAUCCGAACGAGCCAUGUAUGAGGAUCCCAAACGGCAAUGGAAGCUUGAUCAUCGCAAACCCAACCAUCUACCCUGACGGCUUGGUGGAGCUCUACUUUGAAUCCGCAAGAACGUUCAUGGACCUCACGCUCUCCUCCACUCUAUCCUCCUUCUCAAAGCUCAACUUCAUCGUACCUCAUGCUGGCGGUAGUUUUCCUUCGAUCAUCAGUAGAAUGCUCUCGCGUCUUUCCCCUGCGGCGUUUGCGGCGCAGCUGGAAGUUUUCAAGCAGAGAUUGUGGUGGGAUACUGCGGGUCCGACUUUUCCUUGUCAGGUCAAGGGGUUGUUGGCUUAUGGGAUCGGAACCGAUAAGUUGGUUUUGGGCACUGAUUAUCCGUAUGUGCCUGGAGUGCCAGUACAGGUAUACAAGGCAUUUGCCGAUGAGGUCAGCGAAGCGGACUUCUUGGAUGCCACUGAGAAGCAGGGAGUGUACUAUGGCAAUGCUGCAAAUCUACUCGGCGCUCGACUCGGAUAG